AUUUGGAGAACCCUUUGAGGCGUUAGCGCUGUACUGCAUCCACCAUAAUGUCAAUAUCAUACAUCAAAUCACUGUUGUUUAGGAAUAGCAACACAGGUGCUAACGCAGAGGUAUCAUCACCUCGACCUUCGAGUCCGAGGUUGGUUCCAGAGCCUGACAUUUCUGAUACCCUCACGCUGCCAGACGGCCGGAAACUAGGCUAUGCACAAUUCGGGCUCUCGACCGGGAAGCCCAUAUUCUACUGUCAUGGCCUCCCAGGCUCCCGCAUAGAAGCUGGUCACCUUCAUGAGGCAGCUUUAGAUAUGGGUGCUCGAGUCAUUGCGACGGACCGCCCAGGAAUGGGGUUGAGCACCCCUCAACCCGGACGAACGCUUCUCGAUCACCCCAAAGACUUGGAACAUCUUGCGACGCAUCUCAAGCUGAAGGAAUAUGGAGUUCUGGGCGUCUCAGGAGGCGGUCCCUAUGCAUUGGCUUGUGCGACCUCAAUGCCCCGCGACAAGCUCAAAUGCGUAUCCAUCGUCUGCGGCAUUGGGCCGCCUGACAUUGGCAUGGGUGGAGCCGGGUGGCUUCACUGGAUCGGUUUCAACUAUGGAUGGCGCUACGCCCCGCGAAUUGCCGGAUGGUUCUUCCACCAACAAGGACGCUUCCAUAUAUCAGACGAAGAACGGCUCGAACUGCAGCUCCAAGAUGCGGAGAAGAAGAAAGCAACGUUCCCGAAGCAAGAAGCCGGGAUCUGGUCAGACAGAGCGAUUGUGGGGCGAAUGGUCAUGGCAAGUCGACAAUAUUACGCUCAAGGGAUCGAUGGUGUAAGCAUUGAUGGUCACCUGGUCGGCACAGAGUUCGGAUUCCGUAUCGAGGAUAUUCGGCCUGAUCUGCCUGUGCGGCUUUGGUAUGGUAAAGAUGACACGUUCGUCCCUAUGAAUCACGGAAUACAAAUUGCCAAGCGAUUGGGAAGUAGAGUCAAUCUUAGACUCGAAGACGACACGCAUGCUAGUAUCUUCUUCAAUUGGAGGGGGGAAGUGUUGGCGGAUUUGGUCAAGAACAUUUGAAGUCUCUUCUGACUUUGCACGUCGUAUCACUCAGCUUAACUCCGUUGAAAAUAUUCUCCACUUGAAUCUCAAUAAUUAUCAUUUGCUCUUAGCAGAGUUCCAUUGAGAUCCAAAAAGCUUCUCUUACGUCGCUCGAUUGUUUCAAGUGCUCAUCAUCGAUGUAAAAGUCAGCCUUGGCUCAAAGCAUUCUAGAUAUCAAGUAAUUACUGCGAAUGACCUCC